CUCCUACUAACUAAUCAACAUGUCCUUUUUUUAAAAAAAAAAAUUUAUCAGCCAACUGUAGAUCCAUCAAAUACGACAUAACUAGCUGUGAGAAAACAAUGUUUUUGGUAACCAUCAUGAAAAGAAUAAUUGAAGCAAACAGGACACGAACUUACAAGUUAGAAUAAUGGAUCAAAUUGAACAUUUAUAAUUUUUUUUCUACUUGUGGUUUUGGAAAGAAUAACCAUCAGCAAAUCAAUCAUUAGUUGUUUGUUAUUGAUCACCUCUCAUCUGGCAGAUCACUAAAAUGGGAGCUAAUCACAAGAUUUUCAGCCAUGAUGAGGUUUCUGUACACAACAAUUCCAGUGAUUGUUGGAUCAUCAUCAAUGCUAAGGCAUAUGAUGUAACAAACUUCUUGAGUGAGCAUCCGGGAGGCGAUGAUGUAUUGCUCGCAGCAGCAGGAAAGGAUGCAAGUGAGGAAUUUGAGAAUGCAGGACAUGGGAGUGCAGCAAGACUAAUGCUGGAUGAGUACUACGUUGGAGAGAUUGAUCCAUCAUCAUCACCUACUCCACCCAAUGCCAAAAUCCCUGCUUCAACUGCAUAUCUGAAUAAAGACCCUAAAGAUGAUAAAGAAUCGUCUUCGUUCCUUCUUAAGCUUCUUCCAUUCCUGCUGAUAUUGGGAUUGGCUUUUGGGAUCCACUUCUACACCAAGUCAAAUUAAUUUCAAGUCUUUUUUUUUUUUUUCUUUUGGAAGGAAAAGAACAGUUAUUUGCAUGACUGAUUUGGGCUUUUUUUUUGUGAUGUGUGUCUCCUCACAAAACAUUAGCAAUUGCAGACAUGCUUGUAACAUAAGAUCAGUGUUCGAAUAUUGUAACACAAAGUACAUCACUAUAGGAUUGAAUAGCUCUGCAUCCAGUGCGAAAAGAAUAGUGUAAUAAAGAUGCAAUUGACUAGUGUUGCUUCUGAUCAUUUUGGCUUAAGCAAGAAUCCGAACAUUAAUUUAAUUUCUUGGUGAACUAGAACUGAUGUCUCAUUUAAAGUAUGCAAAAAGAAAAAAAGUUAAAAAUAAAAAAACCCAUGCUUGAUUGGAAAAUAAAACCAUGAAACUAACAUGACACAAGCUUAAUUGAGA